GGCAGCUACUGUCUAUCUCAAGAGCCCCAGCGAUGCCAAGGCAGCAGUUAAAGAUCUAAAUGGGUGCUCCAUUCAAGGCCACACUGUCCAGGUGGUGCACCUCUGUGGGCCUGGCUCAGCUGAUCCUAAACUGAUCAGUGAUCAGUCCCUCAGCACCUCAGAAACCCAUAAAGCUGAAACUGCAGGGACUGGUGGACUGGGAACUAAGGGUGUAACCUACAGUUCAUCACAUGGAGGGCCACGCUGUAGUGUGGACAGGUUAACAAAUGUCUGCGACUCGCCCACAGCCUCUGGCACCUGUGUGCCGCAGCACUACGCCACCAUGGGAAGCUUUGACACAAUCAUGGCCCGGCUGUCGGCGUGCCACCCAAAUGUAGGCCGCCAGAGGAUCGUAGAUGCCCUGCUGGAACUGCGGGCCAAGCAUCAGGGAUUCCUCAGUGGGAUUCCUUUGAGAUCUAUAGUGGAUAUGACCUCUGAGCUUCUCACACAGGCCUCUACCCCGUCAUUUGUUUGAGUUUGUGCUGUUUUAAGCAGCGGUAAAGGCCUUGUAAAUAGUUCCCUGACCAGUACGACUGGAUUUCAGUUGUCAGUUCAGUUUUUGCAACUAACUUUUAUGUUA